GAAACAGAAUAUAGACACCUCCUAAAUAACAAUGCAGCUCAGUCUAUAAACAGAAGAGAAAAAAUUCCGGGCUUUCUCAUCUCAUAAACUGCAAAGAGAAGAAAAAGGAAAAGAAAUUAUCAAUUACCUGCAUUAGAAAAUGGGAGGUGGCAAAGACAAGUCUGACGAAGAGUCUACAGACAAGGGACUGUUUUCAAAUCUUGCUGGCUAUGCUGGUGGACAUUACCCUCCAAGCGCACCAUACCCGCCACAUGGUUAUCCACAACAGGGAUACCCACCAGCAGGUUACCCUCCCCCUGGUGGCUACCCACCUCCGGGCUACCCUCCCCCAGGAGGAUACCCACCAGCAGGUUAUCCUCCUCCUGGCGGCUACCCUCCCCCUGGGGGCUACCCUCCUCCUGGUGCUUACCCUCCAGCUGGUUACCCUGGGCCAUCUGCUUCACAUUAUUCAGGGCAUGGACCUGGAAUGGGGACAUUGUUAGCUGGAGGUGCUGCUGCUGCUGCAGCUGCUUACGGGGCCCACCAAUUGUCCCAUGGAGGUUCCCAUGGCUAUGGUCACGGAGGUUACCAUGGCUAUGGUCAUGGAAAGUUCAAGCAUGGCUAUGGUCAUGGAAAGUUUAAGCAUGGCAAGUUUGGCAAGCGCUGGAAGCAUGGCGGAUUUGGAAAGCACAAGGGCAAAUUCUUCAAGAGAUGGAAGUGAUUUCUGCCAAAGCAACAACCAAUCUGUCAUAUUACACUGGUUGCAGCUUUCUGGUAUAACUGAUUUGGCUCUUGGAGACUGAUUUAUUAUUCUCGUAAAGAUUUUACCCUCAGUUUGGGUGUUAAUACAGUUCUGACUCUCUCCUAUUGUAAUAAUUUCUCUGUAUGGUGUUCCUGUGUGUAUAAAAAUUAGCCUGACCUUCAUUCCCCGUUUC